AAUAUUGUGAACUUGAAAAAUGGCUCGAGAAUCUGGUAGAAUAAAGGAUGCGUGUCAAAAGAGAAUCCUUGAUGACGCUGCGCGUAAGCGUAGGCAGAAAAAGGCAUUGGAAGCAUUGGAGCAAGACAAUUUUCAUGAUGAUCCACAUGCCGACUUGGUGAUGAGUAAGAAAGUACCAAAAUUUCAAGAAACAUUGGACAACAGAAGUGGCAGAAAAAAGAAGACUCGUUCCGCAGAAUAUUACAAGCAACGUUUUCGCAAGACUUUCGCCCAGCUCGUCGAGGAGGACCUCAAUAUGAAUCCCAAUCCACCGAACUACGCCUGCGCCCAGGCACCGCCGUCCCGUUUACCUGAGAGACAUUUCUGUGCGGUGUGCGGUUUCCCCAGUAAUUAUACGUGUAUACCUUGUGGUGCCAGAUAUUGCUGUGUCAAGUGCCUAGGUACUCAUCUUGAUACAAGAUGCAUGAAGUGGACAGUUUAAGAAUUUUGACUUUAUUCACACUCGAGUGUUUAAUUUAAAUAAAUACAGAAGAAAUGCAUGAACCUCGAAAUCUAUUUUCUCCACGGAAGAGAUUUGUCUUUAAAGUAUAUUUUUAUAAUAAAGUACAUGAGAAAUAUGACAAAAUA